UGUACAGUCUCAAUCGAAACUCGAAAGCUUUAAUUGGAAGCUUCCCAAGUGCGACUACUAGACAAUUUACAUAACAUAGGCUCUAUUCCACAUGUGAUCAGCUCGAUUUUAUGUCUAUACCUCAUUGACGAGAGCCGAAAUUCCUUCAAUUCAACCGAAGAUAUUCGCAAUGGGCGGCCUAAACCUAGAAGUUUUCAAGUUCGGCAUGUACGUCAUGUUCCCGAUCGGCAUCAUGUACUACUUCGGCACGAACCUCGACGAACGCUUUGCUGUCCCCGACUUCUGGCCCAAGCCCGAGCAGGCGAACAAGGUGCCCAUGGACCGAGACGAGAUCCACGCCGAGCUGCAGCGAUUGCGCGCGCGACGGCUGUAUAUCAGGGAUAGGAGGCUCGAGAAUGAGGCGCGGCAAGCACCGCAGCCCGGGAGCGAGGAGCAGGAAUAGUCGCGCUGGACAAGACAACGAAGAGGAACAGUUAUAAGUGGCGGAUGCAUUGGCUUCGACGGCGUUUAGGGGCGCGGAAGGAAAAUGGGAUUGGAACAUGAUCACGCGGCCUUUACAUAUUUUGGACUUUGGACUUGACUCGAGCACUGGGCGACAAGGCCGGUCUCUCCACUCCUCGUAAAGACGGAAAUCAGAUGGGGACUGUUGCGCGAUACAACAUGUACAAUAGUCUACAUUAAGCAUACAAGAUAUCUACACAUCGUAUCGUCACUACGGAUUACGUGUCGAGGUUAUCUUCUAUCGUCGUCCAAAGAUCUGUGGAUAUAUU